GUCAUUUUCAUACGCGUCUGGCCAGCGGCUCGGCCCGCGACGCUGCCUCUGGUGACCUCAUCAGUGACCGCUUGUUGAAUAUUCAUUGAAAAGCAACGGGACUCGUCGGUUUACGGCAGAGUGCGUGCGUGCGCGUGGUGGGAACGGUAGCAAGAUGGCGGCGCUGAAGGAGGAGCGGAGCUACGGACUGUCCUGUGGAAGAGUGAGCAACGGCAGCAAUGUGUCCGUCUUUCACGUUAAACUCACUGACAGCGCUCUAAGAGCGUUUGAAGGCUACCAGAGCACCAAGGCCCCUUCUUCUCGACCACACAUCAGAUUCAAUGGAACCCAAGGGAAAAUUUCGAUACCAAGGUCGGAAAACUCUGGUGAGCCCCAAACGUUCAGUUUUUACCUGUCAAAUGUGGGCAGAGAUAACCCCCAGGGAAGCUUCGACUGCAUCCAGCAGUACAUCACCAGCGAUGGGAACGUUCAACUGGAUUGUUUAGGUGGCAUCCAGGAUAAAAUAACUGUAUGUGCCACGGAUGAUUCCUACCAGAAGGCCAGGGAAAACAUGGCUCAAGUGGAGGAGGAGACUCGCAGUAGGAGUGCGAUCGUCAUCAAGCCUGGGGGCAGAUAUGCAGGCAAAAGGGUUCAAAUCCGGAAACCGGCACCCGGCCUCUCGGAUAUUGCCCCCUCGAGGAGAACAUCUCGGCCUGUUAUCAUCUCCAGCAGUACGAUGAAGAAAGGCGCUACUCUGAACCGGCCACUCCGUGAGCGCCUCAUCCACCUUCUGGCCCUUAAGCCUUACAAGAAGCCUGAGCUGAUUCUGAGGCUACAGAAGGACAGCCUCUCGCCGUCAGACAAGGACUGCCUAGACAGCCACCUGCAACAGGUGGCUAACCUAAAUGGGAAAGAUAACACCUUCACAUUGAAGGACGUAGUUUAUAAGGAAGUUCAGAAGGACUGGCCCGGAUACACGGAAGGAGACCAGCAGCUCCUGAAGAGAAUAUUGUUCAGAAAACAGUGUUCGACCCAGAACAGUACCGGUCCCCCAUCAGAGAGCCCACCCAAAGAACUGGUCGGGAGCUCACCAUCUCAGAAAAGACCUGCUGCCGACUUCAUCGAUCCACUGGCCAAUAAGAAGCCAAGGAUUUCCCACAUGGUCAGCAAGCCUUCCACAACUCUAGUAAAUGGCAAACUCAACUCUUCAAAUGGGAAAGGAGAGGCUGGUGGGACACCGGCAGGAGUUGCAGGUCCACUUCCCGAUGGUGGCAUGACUUCCAGUUCGCAGCAGCUCCCCCUCUUGGACAUUCCGCGUUCUUUCGAAGCUUUGUCGGAUGUCAGCAACGACUCCAGCAAUAACGGACGAGACUGCGACUCCCAGGACUCCUCAGUGUCCGAGAGGCUCGGUCAACCCCUUACGCAGUUUUCGGGGUCAACUAUGUUUACAGCACCCAGCAUCAGCACAUCACCUCCUGGGCGCACUGGACAGGAGCCCCCGAUCGAUAAGAGCCCCGUUUCCUUCAACAGCAAGUCCAAGAAGAAGUCAAAGAAACACAAAGGCAAAGAAAAGACCAAAGACAAGGAGAGGGUGAAGGAGAGACGGCAGGAGCAGGAGCGGAAAAGCCCUGUGCCUGACCUUAAGGUAGUCUGUGAGAUGAGCCCGAAAAACCUCAAAAGCAACAGUAUUCCACACAAAAGCACAGAUCUCAAUGGAAUGUGCAACAGUACCACUAUGUUUUCAGCACCUGAAUUGGAAGAUUAUUCAAUGACAUACACGGUGAUAAACUCGCUGGAGCAGCGUCAGAGGUAUAAAAAUGAUUUCAACUCAGAGUACAGUGAAUAUCGGGGGCUGCACGCUCGGAUAGAGGGCAUCACGCGGCAGUUCACUGUGCUGGACAAUGAGCUCAAACAGCUCCAACAUGGCACAGACAAGUAUAAGACAAUCCACAACCAGAUACUUCAAGAGUAUCAUAAAAUAAAAAAGACGAAUCCAAACUAUAGCCAAGAGAGGAACCGCUGUGAAUAUCUGCACAACAAACUAGCACAUAUAAAGAGACUUAUUGCUGAGUACGAUCAACAGCAACUUUAGAAGUUAGCUAGUCGUUUCGUUUCCCUGUUAUCUCUGGAAACCAAGCUGAUAACGGAAGACUGGAUUCUCUUUGCUCUUGAAAAAGGCCAUGAUAUGAGUAUUAUCAUUUGGGUCAAAGACCCAAGCGAGGAACAAGCAGCAGGACCUUUGUUUCUUAUUUUUCAUUUUGGUGCUGCGCCGAUCAUGGCCAGACCUGCCGGUGGAGUACAAGGUUCCUUUUAGCUUCUGGGCCUCCAUGCUUAAGAUCUGCAAAGGUGUGAAUGGUUGAUGGAAAACGCCACUUUACUUUGAGAUUCUAAAUUGAAACAUCCCUGCGCGGGGAUCUCUCAGAACAAAUCUGCUGGUUUCCCAGUACAGAGAGUUUGUUUUGACGAAAGGUGCAUCAGUUCCAUGAAAAUACUGAAAAAAGGAUUGUGAAGUUGAUCUUAGUUUGUAUUUAUUUUGGACACAUUUCUAAGGGAGAACAAGUCUAGCACUCCUCUGUAUUGGUACUUAAACUCUGCCUUCUCUUUGCCGUCUUCAUAUCUUCUCCAGUUUUUUUUUUUCCCAGAAAAGCUGCCUUGCCCAUCUCAUUGUCGAUCUGUUGCCGUUAAUGAUGAAAUCUGUCUAAAAGAGGUGUUGGUGAUGAAAUCACAUUCUCCUCAGUGCACACAGUCCUACGCUGGUCUUGUUGUUUUUUUUCUAUGUGUCUUAAUGGAGAGGAUGUGUGAGUGACUGUCUGAGGUGCUUCCUCUUUCUGUUGUGAAAUCAUUGUCAAAUUUGCUCAGAUCUGGCUCCUGUCAUCAGUGGUAUUGGUGUCAAAUACCCAGUUUUCACUGUCCACCCAUAUCACUGAAAAGACUGUUAAAAGAAGCCAUGGUGGUCAUCUGCGUGGAGCAUGCUGCAUCUCCUGCUCCUGAUAUCCGUUUCCUUCUCCAAUACGCCAGUCUCCCUUCUGAGAAGCGCUGCCGGCAUCAUGGAGUCGCCCUAGAAGAAGAAGACCUGCUGGAGCUAACACUGGCUGGUAUCAGACAGCAGUCUUUAUUUGUGAAUAUGAAAAUUCUGCACUUUCUCUCGAUCCCAGCAAAACCCUCUUGUCACUUCAAUUGCACGCUUUAUGAAUGUUACAUUGCUCAGUCUUCACUUUUAUUGGGGAAGGGACAUACAACUGUGCUAGGAUUUGAAAAUCCAAAUGAGGCCCCGUCCAUUCAAGCUCUCCAUGAGACCUGGGUCUGACCAGCAUGUAUACCAAAGUGCUUACCGAGUGCCAUGAUGGAACAGAGUGCUGUAACUAAUGAUGGCUAAGGAACAUUUCAGUGUUGUUGUUUUUCAUUUUUUGGUAUCACCAUAUUUUUAUCUUCUUAAUUUAUCCAGUGGAAUUAUUUAAGUUGAAUUAUUAUCAGUGUCGGGAGUGGGCAUCAUCCUCAGGUCACGGUUGUCGAGUAUGUCGAUGUUGAACUCAAACUAAAGCGACACACUACUUUCAAGAUGGAGUCGAGCGACAUCGGUUCAUGCCAAUCCAAGAAUAGCGUUUGUCAGCAUUAAAGGAAAAACAAUUGCUUCAAGGACCUUUUUCCAUCAGUUGUUUCCUCAGUGUCUGAUUUGAUGACUACACAGCCCCUGUCUCAAGGUCUGAAUCAAUCACAAGUUGGAGAAAACUGUCUUAAGUAUAAUCCGUCAGCCUGAAGUUGUAAUCUAUGUGCCGAAUGUGCCAAAAUGUCCUGUUCAAGUUUUGUUUUGUUUUUUUUUCCUCAAGUAUUUCCAUGCUGCUGUUGAAGCAAAUGUCUUUGGGAGAGUCAUGAAAUGUUGUCGCUAAUACCCAAAGCACGCUUUUUGAAAAACCAUAAGGGAAUGGGACUGAAAUUGAUCUUUGUUUCAAUAAACUUCUUUUCGGGAAUCCUGAAA